GAAACUAACACAACAUUGUAAAUCAACCAUACUUCAAUUUUAAAAGUUAAAAAUAAAAAAGGUGUCAGAAAUAGAUGAGUCAAAAACUUUCAAUUAGAGGAGAACUAAUGACCACUCACUCUUUCAUAUAAUCACAAUUAGGUACCAGUCAUUGUGCUGUGUUCCAGGAACACAAAGACAAAUAAAAGGUAACGUCUGCCCUUAAGAAGCGCAGAGUCUGAAAGAGGCAAUAGACAAGCAAAGAAGCAAUGAUUCAAGAAGCCCCCUAAGCAGAGAAAGGAAAAGAGUAUGUUUGUGAUGUUGGAAAGUAAGUCUGCAAAAAAUACAAGACGAAUACAAGAAAAUUUACACAGCCCCUACUAUUUAAGGGUCACUGUGCUAAGCACAGGAUAUUCAAACAAGGGAGCUCAUAAUCCCUGCUGCUGUCACACAAACCAUUUCUAACAUAUUAUUAUAACAGGAAGAAAGAUUGUAAUCCAGUUCACCAUGAGGCACACACCCCACUUCAUGUAGCAGGACUAACCUAAGGUUUCUCUGGAAAGGAGGUACCAGUAUAAAUAAAUGCACCCAACAGAUCAUCUAUCAGUCAACUCUACUGAACUCGUUAUUUUUCCAAGGCUGAAUAAUUAUGAUCAUGUUAAAGUGAGCCCUUGCCCCUUCCUCUGUCUGAUCCAGAUCUCUAACUUCAAUCCAGGCAUUCUUAGAGAUUUAUAAUAGUACCUUGUAUGUUUAGAGAGUUCUACAAUUUGUGAAGUAUAAUCUCCAAAUGAGACAGGCAGACAAAUAAUCUUAUUGACAAUUUAGAAUAAAAAAGAAUGAAAGAAUGAAAAAGGUCAGGUUUAUAGAAGUUAGGGGACUUAUCUGAAGUUGCUAAAAUCUAGCUAGAAAAGACCGUAACUCAAGUCGGCUGACUCAUGGCAUGCAAGCAUUAAACUUAGUUAUUAAUCCUUUACCAUUAAAAUUAAAAUGGGCCUUUAGGAAGAAUUGAAUUCAAAACUGAAAAUGAAUGUGUCAGGGUGAGAUUAUGGUAUUGUUUAAUUUUUUUAAAAUACUGUUGCAGCGUAAUUCUCACAAUUAAAACAAUUUUAACUACUGAAUUCAAUUUCCUCAAUUCUUAAGUAAAAGAAACUGAGUUUCAAAGAGACUGAGUGGUGCCAAAAAUUACAGUGAAAAAUAGUUGACAGGGUAAGAAUUACAAUCCAGGAUACUUGACUUCUAGUCCAAUUCUCUUUUUCAGACACUAGAAGUAUAUCAAAACAACAAAAUGGAAACUUUUGGAGGAACAACACUGACUUUUUUUUCUUCUGGUGAGAUAAAUAUAAAUAAAAGAUUAUAGGAAAAGUAGAUAUAAUUAAAGUUACUGAUAUAAAGGCUUCUGCCUUCAAAGAGCCAAUAAAUAAAUAUGAAAGUAGAAUUUACAACAACAUAGCUAAAUAGUGGCGUUUUUUCCUCAUGAUUUUGCUUAUUUCAGUAAAGACUGAAAAUACCUUAUACUGUUAUGUAUCAAAUCACUACUAUAUCCAAAGAAGUUUGAAAAUAAGAGGAAUUACUUUGUAUGUCAGGUGAACUACAGUUAAUAACAAUAUCAGUGUCUUAAGAAGUAUCUGUAAUAAUAUUAAACAUAGUUGCCAACAUUUCACAUGUGAUCCACUCAGCUUAUCAUUCAUAAAUGACUGUCUGGUAGGUGCAAAGGACUUUUCAUGGGACAGGGAUACAAGGAUGAAUCCAUCCAGAGUUCAAUAAGAAAGAAAAGAUAUGUACUCCAAUUAAUAUAAUGCAUGGCUUCAAAUGUGAGAUAACAUUUUCGUUCGUCCUUAAAGAUAAGUAGGAUUUACAGAAACUUGAGUGAGAGAAAGUGACAUUUUAGAAAGAGAGAACAGGAUGAGCUAAGGCAGCAAAGAAGAAAGUUGCCAAAACUUAUGGGGAACAAAGACUCCCCUCACAGGGGAAUACAGGCAGCUGUUGGGGGCGGGUAUCUAGGAAAUAAAGCUUGUAAAGCCAUGUCAUGGAAGCCCUGAACGCCAGGGAAUUUGAAUUUUGGCUAACAGGGAAUGAGAACCCCAAAUACUCAAAAGUGUAAUGGCUGGUCUAGAAAGACUAAGUUAUAACACAAAGUCUGGGAGAAAAACACCUGCUCAUUCAACAAGAAGCUCAAGUUACUAAAAAAAAAAAUUCUGUUACAGGUGUUUCAGAUCAAAUUGUAAUUCUGUGAAAAAUUUUAUAGUAUGUUCAAUCACUGAAGGACAUUCGUAUUUAAAAAGCAGCCCAAAGCAGUUUGCCUCAUAUAAAAAAGAAAAAAGAACCACAAAUUCAACAGUCAAUAUGGAUUUCCCAUAGGUUUUCAAUGUAAAAAUAUAUGUGUAUUUUUCUAAAGUAGAAUAUUAGAUCUUUCUCAAAUUAUAAUGGUGACCCAGGCUCUGAGUGGAAGUAAAACUAUGUUAAAAAUAAUGUAAGGAUUUUUUUUUAAGUAAUAAAAGAGCAAGGGACCCUUCCUUUCAAAUCCUCUAGGUUGGUUCCUAAACUGUGAGCCUUUCCUAACGUGAAAGUUAAGAGGAAACAGCAGUGAGUAACAGCACAUAAUUUCUAAGGUUGCAGAGAUUUCAAGCAUCCAUAAUAUAGAAUUGUGUUAGUGGAAAGAGCAAGUGUGGAGUUAAGGAGGCCUGAAUUUGAAUGCUAGUCAUAUGAUCUUGAAUACACUUCUUAACUUCACUAUAAUUCAUUUUUUCAUCUAUAAAAUGGGGAUAACAAAUAUUUAACUUAUAGGCAAGGAUGAGAAAGCAUAGGAAAGUACCUGGUGAAUAUUCAAUAAAUAUAGCUCUUGAAUAAAAGCCUAACAUUUAUUAAGAUCCUACUGUGUGCCUAUCACUGUGAUUCUGUGAUACUGUACAUACAAAGGUGAUCAAAGAGUACCUCAAAGCACUGCCUCCUGUCUGUCUGUCUGUCUCUGUCUCUGUCUCUGUCUCUGUCACACACACACACACACACACACACACACACACACACACCCUCCCUCCCUCUACCAAUUAAGAAUUCUUCUAGGUUAACAAGCACCUUUUAAAAAGAUACACAUCCUUUGGAGACAUAAGCCAUACUCACACUUUAGUGUGAUCAGUUCCUUGCUCAGUGAAAAGUUGUCAGGUUCUCCUGGAAAUAGAAGAAGGGGGUCUAAGUUAGGAACUUUGUGAGUUCCCCAGUAUGAUAGGAAAGUGGGGAAGGAAAAAGGGAGGAAGGAGGUACAGAAGCGGAGGGGCGAAGAGGCGAGGCCAAAAAAUAACAGUUUUAAUUUGCUCUAGAGCUAUGGAGGAGAACUUUGUGUCCCCUGACAAUCUCUGAGGAAGUUAACUGAGACGAGUAUCAAGACUUGUGCCAAAGUCAGAUUGCUCCCUUUCAUCCCUGUCUCCACUAGUUCGGGGUGGUAAACUUCCCCUUCAGUGCCAUAGAGAGGAAGACAGGAAGAAGAAUGAGAUUUGUGUCCUCUGCCCUCCAACCCAUCUUAACUCUCAAGAAAACUUGGGUGACCUUUUUCUAUUCACUGGUCCUUUUAAGAGGCAAGCCCCACUUCUCAAACUCCCCUGUCUCCCCUUCCCCACAAAAUGUUAAGUGACUUAAGAAUUUUCUUUUAAAUCAGUUCCGUAGCUAUUCAGUAGGGAUCGGUCACAGAUUAGUUCUUCCCCAAUUCCCCUAUCCUCAGCUCUCAGCUCAGCUUUGACAGUAAAGAUCCUGUUUUCUAAACUACUGCGACCCAAUCCCCACCCUAAACACUUCACAGGCUACCGCGCUGCCCAAAGCUGAGACUGCCAACCUUGGAUUCUGUUAACUCUCAGGACGUCAGGUCCACCCAGGGGUAAAUUCCACAGAUGGUUUCUUCCCUCUCUGGGAUCAGUGUUCUAAGAUUUGGGUUAAUCAGACCGUGCAGACUUGGGUAACUAAGCACAGAAACAGCUGGGCACGUUGCUCAGAGCCCAGACCCAGCGUCACCAGUCGCUCUUAUGAAACAGCUUCUGGACAAACCGGCUCCAAUAGGCGUGUAGCGUCUCUGUGAGGAUAAGGCAGGAGCAAAGCGGAGCACAGUUGGACCUUGAGGAGAAGUCUGCACCUUUGAGAGUUCUUUUUACUUUUCUAGUAUUUUUUCCAGUUUUGAAAUUGGAUUUAUCCAGAGGGAGAACGGGUAGAGAGGCAACUAACUGCACUCGGGUGAAAAAAUAUGUAUUUGCACUCAGGAACUCCCCAGAUUCUUCACAAACAGGGGUGGAAGAGAAAACUUAGGAAGUCCACGUUGAGCAUUAAAAUAAAAUUCGCUACUAAGGAUUCCGUGCACUUUCUUUACGCGGUUUCUUCUUCUGGAAACUUAGUGCUUAGUGCGCCUGCGCACGCUGCGGCCCCGCCUCCCUCCUGAGGUCGUAAAACGUGCGCCGCGCGGCCGGACGCGGGCGGCGCAUGCGCCCUCAUUGCGUCAGCCUUUCGGUCCUUGCCGGCGGCUGGAACCGCGGGGUGGAAGGUGUUCGCUGCGUUGUCUCUCGCGCCGGUUUGGCGCGGCGCGCCCGGAGACCACGAAAAGGAAGGGCUAGAGUAAGUGCUCCCCCUGGCCACUUGAGUCGGGUAUAGAGUGUUUCCUUCCCGCCAGGAAAGUGCCCGUGGGAACCGGACCCCGCCCCCUUCCCGGCCUAGACUUCCUUUCCCCUCCCUAUUCCUUUCCCGGUGGGGACCCUCUCUGUGCUUCUUGUUCUGGCUGUGAGCCCCUGCCGAGAUCAUGAAGCUCGUGAGAAAGGACAUCGAGAAGGACAACGCGGGCCAGGUGACUCUGGUUCCGGAGGAACCUGAGGACAUGUGGCACACCUACAACCUAGUGCAGGUGGGCGAUAGCUUGCGUGCCUCCACUAUCCGCAAAGUCCAGACCGAGUCCUCCACGGGCAGCGUAGGGAGCAACCGGGUCCGCACUACCCUCACUCUCUGCGUGGAGGCCAUCGACUUCGACUCUCAAGCCUGUCAGCUGCGGGUCAAGGGGACCAACAUCCAAGAGAAUGAGUAUGUCAAGAUGGGGGCUUAUCACACCAUCGAGCUGGAGCCUAACCGCCAGUUCACCCUGGCCAAGAAACAGUGGGACAGUGUGGUUCUGGAGCGCAUCGAGCAGGCCUGUGACCCAGCCUGGAGCGCCGAUGUGGCGGCCGUGGUCAUGCAGGAAGGCCUCGCCCAUAUCUGCUUAGUCACUCCCAGCAUGACCCUCACUCGGGCCAAGGUGGAAGUGAACAUCCCUAGAAAACGGAAAGGCAACUGCUCCCAGCACGACCGGGCCUUGGAGCGGUUCUAUGAACAGGUGGUCCAGGCUAUCCAGCGCCACAUACACUUCGAUGUUGUAAAAUGCGUCCUGGUGGCCAGCCCAGGAUUUGUGAGGGAGCAGUUCUGCGACUACAUGUUCCAGCAAGCAGUGAAGACCGACAACAAAGUGCUCCUGGAAAACCGGUCCAAAUUCCUUCAGGUACAUGCCUCCUCUGGACACAAGUACUCCCUGAAGGAGGCUCUCUGUGACCCUACUGUAGCUAGCCGCCUUUCAGACACUAAAGCCGCUGGGGAAGUAAAAGCCUUGGAUGACUUCUAUAAAAUGUUACAACAUGAACCUGACCGAGCUUUUUAUGGACUCAAGCAGGUGGAGAAGGCCAACGAGGCCAUGGCAAUUGACACAUUGCUCAUCAGCGAUGAGCUCUUCAGGCACCAGGAUGUAGCCACACGGAGCCGGUAUGUGCGGCUGGUGGACAGUGUGAAAGAGAAUGCAGGCACUGUUAGGAUAUUCUCUAGUCUUCAUGUGUCAGGGGAACAGCUCAGCCAAUUGACUGGAAUAGCUGCCAUUCUCCGUUUCCCUGUCCCUGAACUCUCUGACCAAGAGGAUGAUUCCAGUUCUGAAGAAGAUUAAUGACUGGAACUUAAAAUUGAGAUAACCUGUAUCUCACUUGUCAGGGUUACAUUUUCUCAGCAUCUUUGUGACAGAAAGCUGCAAGGGUGGGUGGCACUUUGUGAUUCUUACAAGGAUUUCUCAUGUAUUUGGUCACUAGGUGCUUUGUGGUUGGCAGGACUUGUAUUCAAACUAAACAAUAAAAGGAAAUCUCCAAUAAUUUCCAUGUAUUACCAUCUUUAUUGGGAUAAUUUUAUAUGGGAAUUAUGAAUUAUUUGCAGUACUUAGAAACAUUUUGUAUGUUUAAUUCAAGAUUGCCAGUGUACUUUCGGAUAGAUCGUAAAAUCCCAUACUGCAUGCUUUGAAGUAGUAUUCCUUAGGAAAAGAUUUUUAAUAUCUCAUUAUCUUCAGCUCUCAUUGUUUGUUAAAUUCUGCCUGAUGUUCUUACACUGGAUUUUUUCAUGAUCCCUUUUCUACCAGUUUCUCCCACGUUCCAUUUAUUCUUUAUUUUUAAAUUUACCUGCUGUUUUAAAAGAUAGCUAAAUAAUUAGAAGACUUUUUCGAAGACAAGUUUAAAAUGUGUUUUUCUUAAAAUACUUGUUAAACCUAGAAUUAAUCAUGUUUGCUUUAGAGGAGCACCUAAUCAGUUAUUUGUAGGUCAUAGAGCUCUGACCUGCUAAGGAGUCUUAAGAUAAUCCAUUUGAGGGGUCUUUAUUUUUUAGAUGAGGCUAAGGUAUGUGAUUUGCUUGUCAUGUGGCUAACUAGUGACAAACUUGGAAGUGGUUCUCUAAUCUGGACUCAAGUUCUUUGCACUGUCACACUACUUACGUAUUUAUUUUUUGCCUUAUCAUAGUUAUACUUAAUGUCUUGUAUUUGUGUGUACUUUUACAGUCUUAAUGGAUUUUCUCUACAGCCUAUUUCACGGGUGAGAAAGCCUGUUUAGAAAGUGUUAGGUCACAUCAUUAAUAUGGGGCAGUUGACUUGUACUUCAACUCUUUACUAUAAUUAGGGAAUUUCUGCAAAUACCUGAGAUAUUAAAAUAUUUUUCUUAG